GUUUCCAAACAACACUCCUUUUCACGCGACAGGCUGUGUCAACUACUUCCUCAUUUCAACUAAAAAGUUUUCGGGUGAAGAAAUUGCAACUUUGUUUCUCUGACAUUUCAGAUACUGUAGGUACUUACUCCGUUGAUAUUAUUACUUGGUAACUAAGAGGCUACAUUGUAGCUACUAUCUAAUCGCGUUGGGAGAGGUCACAAGAAAAUAAAAAUGGAUAAUACUGGUUUUUCUAGACAAAAGACAAUCAAGCUUGUGAUAAAAACACCUAAUCAAGCCCACGGGGAUCAAACGAUUGAAGGAGUUGACAUGGACUGGACAGUGAAAGAGUUGAAGACACAUUUAUCGAGGAUGUACCCAAACAACCCGGCUGAAGGUGAUCAGAGACUAAUUUACUCUGGCAAGCUGCUCCCAGACCACCUGCAUGUAAGAGAUAUUUUCAGAAAGACGGACCUAACACCCACUGUGCACCUGGUGUGUGCAGUCAGGACUCAGCCUAUAGGUCCGCUAGGAGCAAGACCCAAGGUCAGGGAACCAGAGCAGCAAGAGGCACAACCCUCGGCCAUGCCUACCAGACAGAACCCAGAGGGUGCCUCCCCAGCCCCAUCUGUCCCCAAUGAACCAGAGCUGAGACAGCGCAGGCCCACUGCCCCCUCUAAUGCCCCACCGGCAGCUGCAUGGCCUGGCACUACAACGCUAGUGGCAGCAGAGAUGACCAACCCAACCUUCCCCACUUACUCCCUCUACAGCCCUCAACAGCUUCUCUGGCUGCAGCACAUGUAUGCUCGCCAGUACUACAUGCAGUACCAUGCAGCCUACGCAGCAGCAGCCUCUGCCCCCUUUGCCCCAGCUGCCGGCCAAUCCCUGCCUGUCGCACCCCACCAAGCCGCUGUCGCAGCAGCCCUGCCAGCCAAUCAGAAUGCACAGGACGCCGCCUUCAUCAACCCGGGAGCAGCCAAUCAGAAUCUGCGGAUGAACGCCCAGGGCGGACCUGUGAUGGAGGAUGAGGAGGAUAUGGAUCGUGAUUGGCUGGACUGGGUGUACACGGCUGCACGUCUGGCUGUCUUCCUCAGCAUCAUCUACUUCUACUCCAGUCUGAGCCGCUUCGUCCUGGUCAUGAGCAGCCUGCUCCUUAUGUACCUGCACACAGCAGGCUGGUUCCCCUUCAGAAGAAGGCCCCUGGUCAGAGGUCCCAACAACCAGGUCCCCGAGGUCAUCCAGAACCACCAGGACAGGAACCCAGUUCCACCUACGGAGGUCCCUGCAGGAGAAGAGGGGGCCGGGGCGGAGGCUGAGGUUGGUCCUGAUGAACCACACCCCCUGACUGUAGUGCUGGUGCAUCCACACAGGGUGUCCAUCGUUUGGACUGCCUGGAUCUUUUUCAAAGCCUUCUUUGCCUCCCUCGUCCCAGAGGCCCUAGCAGUGGCUAACUGAAUGAUCAACUUUUCCAGCAGGGGGCACACUGGAGCUGAAUUUACCCUGAGUAUCAGACCUGCAUCUGUCACAGGAAGUCCUCCCUAUUUGGACUUCAGGAUAAUGGAUGCCUGGACAUUUUGUGAAAAAUCAUGAAUGAUUUAGGGCUUCAAUGCAUACAAAUCCAUGCCUGUAGUCUGUUAUGAGUGUGUGUUUAGGGAUAUGGUUGUUCAUUCGGCACUUCCUGCCUUAUGAUAGUGACCAAAUGGUUGUAUAUACAGUAUAGUACAUACACUUCUCUCUGCCAAAUGGUUGUAUAUACUGUAAAUGAGUAUUGGAACAAAAAAUGUAAAUAUUAUUGUAUUGUCUGUGUAACACUAUGUUUUGUAUUCCUAUUGGUUGGUUGAAUUUACAUAUCAAAAGGUGUUAUGCCAUUGGUCAUGCUUGCAGAUAGGGAGAGAUCGCAAACGUAAAUUCUUCCCAGUCUGAUAUUGACAUGCAGGCGGUAGGCCACGUUGUGAAAUUACUGUGUUCUAUUUUCAUAUUUACAAUGUGUAGGAGUUCACUAUGUGCAUGUCCUGAUGUGUGUGUGUAUAUAUGUGUACGCUACCUGUUAGAUAUUGGGGGUCAUUGCUGUAAGAACGAGUUAGCUAGCAUGCUCUAAUUGUAAUGGUCACUUUAGCUCCCAGCUAUUUCAGUUAUUUCCAUAUUAACAGACGAAUCACGAAUCUACAGCCAUCAACAUACUGUUGUCCUGCACAUCUAAUGUGCUUCCUUGUGUCUAUCGUCAAGGACCUUCACAUUUUAUUGUAUUUUGUACUAUUUUUGUCAUUGUAAAGAUGUUUGAUAAAAAAUUACCCAGUCUGAUAUUGACAUGCAAGCGACGAAUCAUGAAUCUGCAGCCAUCAACCUAUUGUUGUCCUGCACAUUGAAUGUGCUUCCUUUUGUCUAUUGUCAGAAUAAACACCAAUCAACUGGGA